GAGAAAUGUAUUUGCUACAAACACCAGUUCGAACUUAGACUAGUCAAUAGGUCAUUUUUUUUCGUUUUUAUAAUUAAACAUGGUCUCAAUCUCAAGAGAUAAUCUCUUUUAGCAAUAGUUUCGUUCAACAAUUAAGGUAAUUUUUGGAAAUCGUGUGGCCAUGUAAUUACCGAAGGUCUCUUGUUGUCUGAAUAGUAAUGUUUUCCCUUUUUUUUCAUGGGACAUAUUACUUUAGAAAUUAAACAAUUGAACUAUGGCGUCUCGCAAAAUUACUACACCCACCGCUGAUGGAUAUGUUCAGUUCAAUGAUAGUGUGGUUGUCAACAGUUCAUUUCUCUCACACAGCAUCAACAAUGAUGGAGAAGCAAUGGAAGGAAAUGGCAACUUGACAGAAAGAAGCAAUCCUCAAACAGAGGCUCAUGCUGAAGUCGAAUUAACUCCUGUCGCGUCAGACUUACUCAAUGACUCUCCUGAGCACUGGGAAAUGAAUUUUCAUGAAGCAGCAAUUUUCUUAGAGGAAGGAGAAAAUAAUGAAAAAUUUGACUCUCACCCACACCAUCCAGAUGCAUUACCAGCAUACUUAUUGGUUCAUAAUUCAUGGUAUUACAGUCUUGGGUUAGUUACUUCCUUGAUAUUAAUGUUCCUUGCAGUCACCGAAGAUCCUGCUGUGCCAGCAUUCCAAUUGCCAGUUGGUGUCCAUGGUACAAUUGAACUGUUUGCUCUAGCAGUUGUUGGGAUUGAAGUAUCUUUAAAAUUGAGGUGGAUUGGUUGGAAUACAAUUUUAAAGCAUAAGCGCACAAUGAUUAAGUGUGCAACUCUGGGUAUCAUGUGUAUUGAAGCAAUCAUUGUGUUAAUUCGACAGUCUUCUCAUUUUCGAGCGACAAGAGCAUUAAGACCCAUUUUUCUGGUUGAUACACGCCACUUGGGAGGUGUGCGUAGAUUCAUCCGUCAAAUCCUUCAGUCAAUGCCCCCUAUUUUUGACAUGCUCUUGUUAAUAUUCUUCUUUGUUUCAAUCUAUGCGAUUCUUGGAUUUUUUUUAUUCUCCGACAAUCCCCUGGAUUCUCAUUUCACCACACUUUUUGACAGUUUUGUGAGCAUGUUUGUUCUUCUGACAACUGCAAAUUUUCCUGAUGUCAUGAUGCCAUCCUAUUCAAGAUCAAAAUGGAAUUCACUUUUCUUCAUAUCCUAUCUCUGUAUUGUACUGUACGUCCUCAUGAAUCUAAUGCUAGCCGUUGUCUAUGAAACUUUCACAAGUAUAGAAAAACGGAAAUUUCGCAAGCUGCUUCUUCACAAGCGAAAGGCAGCGCAGCAAGCAUUCAGGCUCCUCGUCACCAAGCAGCACCCAAACCAGAUUCGGUUCAAGCAAUUUGAGGGGUUGAUGCGAUAUUACUCACCAAAAAAAAGUGCCCGUGACGUGGUCUUAAUGUAUAAGUAUUUGAAUACCAGUCGCACUGGAGUCUUGACAAUGGAUGAAUUUUACAAUGUUUAUGAUGCAGUGUUACUAAAUUGGGAAGCUCAAUACUCCAAUAUUCCAUGGUACCAUUCUGCAUGGAUGCCUCUCCAAAGUUUAUGCCAGCUCUGUCUUAAUGUGGUCCGAUGGAACUAUUUUGAACAUAUUGUUUAUGUUCUAAUUCUGACAAAUGGUUUGGCAAUGGUUUCACGCUUGGUAAACCAAUACACUUCGUUGGAGGAAGCUGCCCACUUUUUCUGUGCUUCUUGGGAUACACUUCUAUUUUACGGAGUUUUUGCUCUUGAAGUGAUGAUGAAAAUUCUUGGGCUUGGUGUAGCCCAAUUUUUUGAAUCAGGAUGGAAUUGUUAUGAUUUUGCUGUGAUUAUUGCAACACUUUUCGGUGUUGUCAUCAUCAAUUCGUAUCCUUCAUUUAUUUAUGUCGUUGUUUUCCGCCCUCUUCGAUUACUUAGACUUUUUAAGGUCAAGAAGAGGUAUCGAGAUAUCAUAGGCACUUUAGCAUUGCUAUCGCCUUUAGUAAAAUCUGCUGCUAUAGUGAUGUUGGUGCUGUAUUACUUCUUUGCCAUUAUUGGGAUGGAGUUGUUCGCCGGCUAUGAUAUGAGGAAUUGUUGCAAUGGCACUGCAGUUGAGGAUUUCUACAAGUAUUCUGAAAAUGGAACCUCUGCUCUAGGCUACUAUUAUCUAAACACAUUCCCAAACCUUGCUGUAAGCAUGGUCACCCUUUUUGAGCUAACUGUCGUCAAUAAUUGGUUUAUUGUGAUGAAUGGCUAUGCGUCUGUGGUUCAUCCAGCUACGCGAAUAUAUUUCAUCCUCUUUUAUUUAACUACAAUGGUUGUUCUAACAAUUGUUGUCGCGUCUGUACUUGAGGCAUUUCGAUUCCGAAUUCAGUAUAAACGCCAAACUACAAAACGUGAUGAGGAAAAAUUGUUACAUGAAGAAGUUGAUCUGAAGUGGGAAGAAAUUCAAGCUUGGGUCUUUGAUUUUCAACUUUUGGAAAAAUUACGCUCUGAUCUCAUAGUUGGUGGUACAGCAACGUACGUUGGAUGCAGACCAAGGAACCGGGAGGUCCUCCAAAGAAAAAUGUAUCAAUCAGAAAUCGAGAGCUGGAUGCGAGAGGCCGCAUCUGCAGAUAAGCUCUAACAAAGUCUGAUAACUGUCUAGCCGAAUAAUUUUGUAUAAGCGAACGUUGAACUGAUAGGUUGUGUAGUUUAAUAUCUAAAUGCAAUUAUUUUUUUACUUUGUUGAUCUGUUUAAGUCACGCUUUUAAUACUCCAACUUUUGCAGUUUUGUUUUUCUAUCCGACUCUUUUAAUAUUGUACAUAGCCUAUACUCCUCAACAUGUAUGCGCUAUGUAGAUUUAAAGUUUUCACCUCCAAGUGGCCUAUAAUGCUUUCUCUCAUGAAGCUGCUAAUAUCCAUAAUCAAGGCCUACACUGGAAUAACCACCUAUACACGUAUAGGUGGUUAUUUCAUCACUCUGUCCAUUCAAAUUAUUGUAUCCUUGGGUAUCAAUGGUAGCCAUGGCAAGGCAAUCCCUUGAUUACUUGGCUCAAAAUUCCAAUUUUAGAGUAGUAAGGUCAGACCGGGUGGUUAGUGCAUGGAAUAACCACCCAGUACCGGUGUUUUUCCGCUCAUAAAUGUCACUUUGUGUCAUAUGCCAUUUACAAAGCAUUAAUUUGUGUUUUCAAUCAAUUAAACAGCCAUUUUAUCUUGAAACUUGGUGUUGGGUGGAAUGACUACCUAUGAACGUGUACCCAUUUGCGUUGCGGUGUUUUUCUGCCCAUCAACGCAAUCAUUCGCUUCAUCAAUGUCACAGGACCGUUGUUUUACAUUGAAUGAUUUUUGAUGACUGUUGUAAAGUAUUAAUUGUAUUUUUUAAAAAAUUUAUCAGACAUUUUAUCUAGAGACUAGGUGGUGGGUGGAAUAACCACCUAUAACAACGUGUUUAAAAUCAAAAUUUUUUAAGUGAAUUCCGAAAUAUUUUCCAAAAAUGCACCAAAGAUUGUUCAAAGGGUAUAAUCAAUUCCAAAAAAAUGCUUUUGCAGUUUUCCUAUGGCGCAAAAUCAGCGAUGACACAUCCAAUAAUCAAAACUUCAAAUGCGAUUUUCUCCCAACUAAGUUUUCUGCUAUGGGUGGUUAUUCCAGCUAUGGUCUCAAUUUCAGGUCAAUCACUUAUAAAUUUUUCAAAGAGCUCCAAAGGGUUUUACUCAUUUAAUGUUUAAAAGUAUUAUAGUCUGCAUUUUUUAGUAAGAAGUACAUUUUUCAUCUAAAAUUGUUAGUUCCCCACAGUGUGAAUAUGAGGACCAAAAGUGAGAAAUGAAAAAUUUCUGUUCCAUACAUAUUUAUUGAUCAAAUUUUAUGCAUGAUGACUGUUUUUAUAGCCCCCUACAUACUUUACAGCUGUUGAAAGUUUUAGGGAAUGAAUCCCACAAAUAGGAAGAAAAACUUUUUGGUUUUUAGAGUAAGAAAAUUAUCGUAGCCAAAGGGUGUAUGCAUGUUUAUUUCUGUGUUUCCUGUUUUUAAAGUUCCUAGAGUAAUUUUAUGUUUUUUUGAAUAUCACAAAAGAGAAGCUAAAGUAGAGGAUAUAAUGAACCAUUCUCUAAUCUUAUUCCAGAAAAUAUGUUGAAAUAUUCACAACCUCUUCAAUUUUAGUAGCAUCAUUGCACAGCAACCAGUUGGCAAAGUUUGAACUAAAUCGCCGAAUUUUGUGAUAAAUCCACCAAAUUUUAUGAAACACAACUUGUGCAACAAGAGUUACUGCAAGGUAAUUCCAUCAAAAAUAUUAACGCUGCUUGAUGCAUUAAUCCAAACUUCGUGCUCUUAAAAAAAACCAUGAUCCACUUGAGUUACAUGGCAUACUAAACGCUAUUGAAACAGUCUCUGUGGUAUGUAACCAUGACAACCUCAGUGAAUAACGCAGGUUAGGGAAGGAACACUGUUGAUUGAGAAGCUUACCAAAACCGCCAUAGAAUGUAAUUGGAUUCAAGUAGACUCUUGUUUUUCAUGUAAGCGGAAAAUUCGAAUUUGUCGUAAUCGUAUGCCAAAUAAAACCAUUAUUAUUUUAGUUGAUAAUUCAUUUUAGUAAUUUUUCUUGCGCAAAUCAUAUUCUACAUGAAAUUUUGAUGAGGAAAAAUGUACCAGAAUGCCUAAAGUCAUACCUUGUCUAGUGGUCAAUCGUUCCUUUCUCCAUCACAUAAUAUCAGAAUCAAAAUAUGCAACCCUUUGGCAUUGAUUCAGUAAAAUAUUAUCACUUGAUGAAAUUACUUGAUGGCCCUUCAAAAAUAAGUAAAAAAAAGUUGAAAAAAAUUGGUUAAGUGUUGAAUGGAAUCUAGUAGGCCUUAAUUUUUUCUGUGUUUUUAAGUUAGAAGACAUUAUAAGAACAAUACCUUUGCUGAAGAGGUAUUUUCUUGACUUUUUAUCUUGAAUGUAAAUUUGAAGUAUGAUUUUAAAUGCACUAUGAAGGAGAGUAUAUUCUAUUCUAUAAUAUUGUAUUUAAACUUAAACUUUGCCCACUGGUUCAUUAAAAUUAUAAAAUGAUUUCACCCCAUGAAUAUUUUUUAAAAUAUGAUGAGGUGAUAAAUUGAGUCUUUGUUUUUUUUUAAUUUCUUUGAUCAAAGAGAUUUUUUAUUAAUUUAUUUUAUUUUCAGUUGUCGUAAAUUAAAAUAGUUUUUGAUCAUAAGAGGUCUAGUUUAAAUCAUGAAAAAUUUUAAUUAUUAUUAUAAAUUUAUGAUAAAUGUGGAGCGAUCAUCAUAAAAAUCAUUUGGAAAGGGAUUGAAAAAAUUCCCAAAAUUGAAAGUGUCAGUCAAGUAAUGAUUGAGUCUGUAAAAAUCGUAUACAUUUAGAAAAAAAACUGCAGGAUUGAGGUUGCAAAAAAUUUAGGCUAUCAGUUCCAUAUGUUUUUCAUAUGAUGAAGUUCCACAAGCUAAUUAGAUCUCUUUUAUUGUAGUACAUGCUGAAUUUAAUGUUGCGUACCAAAGCAGAUUUGUUUAGAUUUUUAGGAGGUUGAGCUUGAACCUCUUCCUUUUAGUGAGUUAGGUUAAGAGUAAAAUAACUUUUUUGUUCUUUUUUAUUGGAUAGUGAUGUUUUUAUGAGUCAAGUCUAUUAUUGUCAGAAAUGCUUUUAGAUAAAAACUGUUCUUUGGUCUUUCAAAAGUUAAAGAGUGCCCUUUAAGAAUGAUCUUCCUCUUGCUGUUUUUAAAGUGCUGAUGCUAAUGGCUUUACUUUUUAUUCCAGUAAAUUGUUUUUCAUCGUGCUCAAAGUAGAUUAUCUCAAUAGUUUGUGAAUGAUCCCAGUCAGCCUUGGCUUUUGCUAGUAUUUUAAAAAAACAUACAGCAUUUCAAAGUGUAAAUUCUUACAGGAAUUAUGAACUUUUAAUAACACAAGUAUUUGUGAAACUCGCAAAAAGUAUCACAUUAUCAACCUGCAACUUUUAACUGUUUGAUGGUCUUAGCAUCCCAUAUUGUGGGUUUGUAUUUCCAAACAUGCAGCUUUAAGUGAUAAUGAAAGUUCCGCCAUUAAGUUCAUUCAAAUAAUCAGCAAUCUAGCGAAGCUCAUUAAUGAAACAUAUUGUCUUUACAGAAGCUUGCGCAUGAGUUAAGAUAUGCUCCUCAACUAAAAUUGUUUAAUUUGAUCCCAAUUAUGAAUCCCUAAUUUUUCACAUGUAUUUUAGGUUUUUCUCAAUGCAUUUCUUUUUUUACGCAUGAGGGGUCCUAUGGUGCUUGAAGUUUGUGCUAUACCUCUCUCUUAUUGAGAUCUUCAAAUUCCUUUAAAUAAAUCCCAAGAAUAAAUGUUUCCUCUCAGAUCAUAUCAGAUGUAUUUCUUGUGAUAAUUAUUUAUGUGUAAUUCUUAUUCUGGUAUUGUCAAUUUUGAUGAAAUUUUGGUUUUCAAGAGUGCUAACUGAUAUUAUCUCUGUCUAAAAAGACUUAGCUCAAGGCCUUGUCCAUGCAAGCUUAGUUUGUGGAACUUCUGGUGAACUUGUUCUGGGAACUUUUUACAAAUUAGCUGUAACAUAUUUCAUAAAACCCCAGUAUGUUGAUUCAUAAUUCGCCCAAAAUACAGUGACUGCGCUCUUGAGGAUAAUAAGACCUAAUAAUUGUGGAACUUGAAUUUAAGAGUGAUGUUUGUUGUCAUAAUAUUGAAUCACACAACAUUACAUUAUAAUUUAGCAAUUAGUGGCCCUUCCUCUUGCAGAAGUCACCCACAGAAAUUUUAUUUUUGAGGAAAUGUUUUAAGUGUAUCUAACAAUAGAUUUUUAAAGUUCCCUCAUUUUUUUCGGACCAAAUAUUCGCUGUCUUCUCUUUCACAGUUUACAAACCGCCGAUAAUAGUGUUAAAAUCUCGUGUAAUAAGAAGAGAUGUGAAAUAUUUGUAGCAAGUGAAGUAAAAUCUCAAUUGAAGCACUUAUGUAGGAAGUCAUGAAUAUUAAACAUCAUUAACAGUUGCUUUGAUUGAAUCUUUUGCAACUGAGUAGCGUUGAACGCAUGUACUUUAUUUAAGUAUAAGUUUAGACUUUUAGUUGUAAAUUAUCGGUCUCUUUGUAUUCUGACGGUAGUCAGACUUUUGCACAAGAUCGAAAAAAGGCACAGGGGAAAAUCAGGCAGAGCGCUGUCUGAUUAACUUUUUAACAAGUGUGUAUGUAUCAUUUACUUCAAAGAGAUUGUGUAUUAUCUUUUUAUUUAUCUAUUUCAGAUUGCUUGAACAGACUCAUUUUUUUAUCUUUGGUGCACGUAUCUAAAUAAAGUAACAGAUCAAUUUUGCAGUGUCAGAUCGAUACAUAGAAAAGUAAAAAUAAGAGCCUGCGUUGAAUAGAAAUUGUGCAUGAUCAUUGGAUUUGCUCGCGCUAUUUUUCAGCCAAUCGGACACCGGGCGACUACCUUUUUAUUUUGUAUGGAUAGUAACAUGGGAAAUCAAAACCGUAUAUUUCUUUCGAAUUCUGUUGUCUCUUGACCAAAUUAUAUUCAGGGAUCACUUCUCGAGGUUUUGGAUUUAUAUACCUAAAUGUUCAACUUACUACAAAAAGCACCAAA